AUGUUGCAGUGCAGUGAAGGAGAUGCUGCUCUUAUUGUAUCAGCAAGAGGAGGAGACUAUGAGACUGUAAAAGUACUGCUGGAUAAUGGAGCUGAUCCAAACAUAGAAAUGGACCCAGACUAUGAAUGUGGUACUACACCACUGAUGGCAGCAGUAAGCAGCAAACAUCAUCAUGUAGUGGAACUUUUAUUAACCAAAGGAGCUGAUCCAAACAGAAUGGAUUAUAAAUUGGAUAUUCCUCUUAUUGUAUCAGCAAGAAGAGGAGACCAUGAGACUGUAAAAGUACUGCUGGAUAAUGGAGCUGAUCCAAACAUAGGCCAAGAAUGGGAAUAUCUUGCACCACUGAUUGAAGCAGCAAGAGAAGGACAUAUUAAUGUAGUUGAACUAUUAUUAUCCAAAGGAGCUGAUCCAAACUAUAUAGAUGAUGUGAGUAUAA